AUGAAAAAUAAAAACAUUAUUGCUCCUCCUUAACUUAAUCAAGACCUUUUAAAAAAAGUUAAACUUUGUGAAGAUAGUCAAUGUAAUACACUUUUAAAUGAUAAUUCCAAUUCUUUUGAAUCUUUUCCUUCCUUAUCUAAAAUUGCUUCAAAUUAUCUUAAUAAACCUUCACUUAGAGAAAGAUUUCAAUAAAUUAAUGAAACUGGAGUUGUAUAAACCAGCAAAUAUUAUUCUUUAAUUUCAAUAUUAUCAGCUAUUGAUUCACAAUUAUUAUUCUUAAAAUAAAGAGUAUUUUUAUUGUAUUUUAUUUUAGAGAGAAUCCUUAUUUUGGCCUAACAUUGUUAAAAGUUGCUAUGAUUCUACACAAUUGUAAGUUUCAACUAGAUAAUUUCAAGAAAUUAUGACUGUUUGGGAUUAAAGUUAUAUUAUAAAAUGGGAAAAAUUUGAAAAGUAAAAUGGAAAUUAUGAACUACUUGUCAAACUUCCUGAUAAAUAAUUUUUAAACUCUCUUGAAUUAAAUUCAAGAAAAGAAUAAUUUAAAGAAAAACUAGAAUCUUAUUUACAACUUAAUGGAGAUUAUAUAGAACCAUUUAAAUUACCCUAAAAACCUUAACUAUAUGAUCCUAAUUUAAACAAAGAGAAAUGUAUUUAGAAUAAAACUGAAUUUGUUUAAUUCUCUCAAUCUAUUAAUAUUUCUAGAAUCUUUAAAGAUAAAGAUAAUUAAAAUAAUAACAAGCCUUUAUCUAAUGUAUCUUUAAAACUCAUAGAUAAACUAAGAGAAAAGAAAUUGUAAGAACAACUAAAAGCAGAUGAAUCCUAAGUUGAAAAAUUAUUAUUCUCAAAAAAACAGCAGGUUUUAGUAGCUUCUAUCUUACAUUAAUACUAUUAUUAAAGAGAUGUAUCCAAUAUGUUUUUUAAUAAUGUACUCAAAUAUAUUCAUGAACAUAUCACAAAUGUUCUAAUAAGUGAUGAGUAAAUUAAAAAUAUUAUAAGUAUUUAUUCAAUAAUAUUUAGUAAAUUUAAUUUAAAAGAUCGAAAAUUGGCUCUAAUUAAUUGAUAAUCCUGGAGGAUAAAUUCUUAGAUUAAAUAAAGAAAUAGAUCUGCCAAAUAUUGUAAACUAAUUACAAUGA